GGCGUGUGGCGGCGCGUGGAGGCCAUGGCGGGGCGCGAGGCGGUGCUGCCCUGCGAGGUUGGUAAUUUUGAGGCGUCAGACAUGGUGUACGUGGUGCUGUGGUACAGAAACGGCGACAAGGAGCCCAUCUACAGUUACGAUAACCGGCCGGGCCGCCUUCAGGCCGCCGAGGAUCGCCACCUGGUGAAAAGUCGCCUGCUGCAGGGCCGCGCCAUCUUCCGGCCGGGCCAUCUGCCGGCGCUGCACAUCAAGCCGGUGGGGAGCAGCGACCAGGCCAACUAUACCUGCAGGGUAGACUUCCGGAUAGCCACGUCGCGGCGCACACACCUGAGUCUUCACGUGGUGGUGCCGCCGGAGCGGCCCGUCCUGAGGGCCGGGGGUCAGCGGGCGACGGACGGGGUGUUGGGGCCACUGCAGGAGGGCGGCGCCUUGGAGAUCACCUGCAGCGUGGCGGGCGGCGACCCUCCGCCCUCCGUCGUGUGGAGGCGGGACGGGGAGGUCAUGGACGCCACAUCGGAGUCGCGGUCCCCAGCACUCACGGUCAACCGUCUCAGCAUCCUGCGGCUCACGCGGGACUACCACAACGCCAGACUCACCUGCCUCGCCUCCAACAACAAAGUCACCAGCCCAGCCAGUGCCUCCGUCACUGUCAAAAUGAACCUGCGGCCCCUGUUGACGAGGAUAGAGGCCCCGCCCAAGUGGCUUCGGGUGGGCCGCGAGUUCAAGAUCUCGUGCGUCGUGGCGGGCAGCAGACCACACCCCAACGUGACCUGGACGCUCGGCACGCUCACCAGCCUUAUGUUCCUGCCAGCCGAGACGGAGCACGGGGUCAACGUGAGCACUUCGCGCGUCAGGGUGGUCGCCUCCCGCCGCCACCACGGCCAGCGCCUCACCUGCACCGCCGUAAACCCGCUCUUCCCCGGCGCAAGACUCUCCGACUCCAUGCUCCUCAACGUCACCUACCCGCCCGUGGCCACGAUGGAGCUUGGUCGUGGCGUGUCCUCGAUCGUGAAGGAGGGCGAGGACGUCUACUUUAACUGUAACGUGGAUUCCAACCCGCCGACUUACAAGAUCUCGUGGUUCAGGAAGAGCAAGGCCAUCCUGCACCACCCCGCGCAAGGCAUCCUGCUGAGCGGCAACAGCCUGGCCUUGCGCGGCAUCACCAGGCACCAGGCGGGGCCCUACACCUGCUCCGCCUCCAACGUUGAGGGAGACGCCCACAGCCCACCGCUCACCCUCCAUGUCAACUACGCUCCGGUGUGCGUUGUGGGCGGGGCGACGCGGGUGCUGGCAGCGGGGCUGGAGCAGCAGGUGAACGUGACCUGCCAGGUGGAGGCGGCGCCGUCAGUGGUGAGGUACUCGUGGGUGUUCAACAACUCGCUCACCUCACACCGGCUGCCCGGCGACCAGGUCUUCAUCACGCCAGAUGGAGGCAGCGCCGUGCAGUUCGUGGCCCACACUCACCAGGACUACGGGACGCUGCAGUGCUGGGCCCAGAACCACGUGGGCAAGAUGACCCAGCCCUGCCUCUUACACAUGGUGCCCGCAGGUCGCCCGGAGCAGCCUUCGCGAUGCCUUGUGGUGAACAAGACCUAUAACUCAUUGGCAGUGGAAUGCACGCCUGAGUUUGAUGGUGGCCUGCAGCAGGUCUUCAUUGCCAAGGUGUUCGAGGCGGUGACGGGCCGGGGACAGGUGAAUGUGACCUCCGAGUCCCCGACUUUCACCCUGGAGGGCCUCACACCUGGCCUUGACUAUAUCAUCCAGGUGACAGCGAGGAACAAGCUGGGCAGCUCCGACCCCGUGAAGCUGGAGGCGCUCACAUACAAGAUGGCCGAGAACAGGAUGAGGGACGAACAGGGUGGUGAAGGCGGUGGCGACGUUGGCGGCGGCGACUUUGGCGGCGGGCUUCUGCUGGUGAGCCUGAUGGUGGCGGCCGCUGUUCUGACUGUGGCGGCGGCGGCGGGCCUGGCUGGGCGCUGCCUCUGGGCGCGACGGCACGACAGAGAUCUGAUUACCGCUAGAAAUAGGAGCACAAGAGGCUACUCGGCGCCGCCUGAGAGGCACAGUGAACGGCUCUCAGGUGAGGACGCAACAGGUGAGCCAGCCAGCCAUCCUUAAUGAGGGAGUUUUUGUACCUCCUUGUGUAUGUUUGUGUGUAUUUUUCGUAUAAUAUAACCUUAUAACAUUUAUGACUUUCCAGUU